AUGCAAGUGGGGACCAAAAAGGAGGGAAAGCAUGAAAGAGGACAAGAAAACGAUAAAUCGAAGAAGUUGAAGUCGGAGUGUAUGUGGAAGAUAGCAACUUGGAAUGUAAGGGGUAUACAGGGAAAAGAGGAUGAACUGGAGGCUGAAUUUGAGGAUAUAGGACUGGAAUUAUUGGCAAUAACUGAAACAAAGAAAAAAGGGGAAGGAUCAACAAGAACAAAAAAUGAUCAUCUAUUAAUAUAUAGUGGAGUAGAGAAAAACAGGAGGGCACAAUCAGGAGUUGGAUGUCUAAUAAGUAGAAGAAUAUGUGAGAGUGUAUAUGGGUGGAGAAAUUGGUCAGACCGGAUAUUAUCAGUGGAAAUUAAGCACUUGAAUAAUGAAAUCAAGACAAUAAUAGUGGUAUAUGGCCCAAAUGAAGAUGACAAUACUGAAACUAAGGACAAAUUUUGGGAGGAUCUAACAAUGGUCACCGAAGAAGCCAAGGGAAUCAUAAUUAUAUUGGGCGAUUUCAAUGGUAGAGUGGGUAGAAUGGACAGGAUGUACAAGGAGGUAAUGGGACCAUUUGGAGAAAACAUAAGGAAUAAUAAUGAUACACAAGGGAGGUUAAAAGUCGCGGAGAGAAAUCGAUAAUAGAUUACGUCCUACUACAGAGAGAACAAAGGUCAAUUAUUCUGGAUACAAGAGUGAGAAGAGGA